GUGUAGUUUUACAAAUGUUUUUAAAAUUAGUCAGUUUUAUUUUAGUUUUGAUCACUCCUCAAGUGGAAAACAGGCCGGAACUAACUUGCGACAGCUUGAAACACCAGCCAUUCCAUGAAGGCAACUUGGGGCAGACGGGAAUGCUUGCCUGGCUCGGAGUCAUCCGAGCGCAUCUUCAUAUUGGCAGCAGAACUCACAUAGCAGUCACCGGAGCAGUAUUAAUAAAACCAAGACACGCUAUAGCAAAUGCUGAUGACAUGUCUAAAAUACGGAAACAAGGAGACAGCAAAGCCAUGUUCAUCUCCCAAGACAGAGGCACCUGGACAUGCAAGCUGGGUGAUGUGUCUUUACAUCCCGAGUACGAUUUCGCGACCUACAACACAAUCGCCUUAGUAGAAUUAGAUAUGGAGUCACUCACCAACAAUGCGCCCAUGCUUCCUGUCUGUAUGCCUAAAUACAUGUAUAAUGCCUCUAAUCAACUGUACGCCAUUGGAUUUACUGAUGAAAAUAAAUUACUGGAAAAAAUAGCAUACACAGUUGAAUAUGUUGAAAAAGCCCUUUGCGACGAGUUUUACGACAGAGCUGGCCACGCGAAGGGUAUGUAUACUCCGCAAUUGUACAAUUGUGCGUUCGCCGUGAACAGCAAGAAACACUGCGAUUGGGAGAACGGGAUGGCAUUAGUUUCUAAUGCGUCGGGUCAAUGGGUGCUGGUUGGAUUCGGCGUCCAAGGCCCCGGCUGCUCCGCCCCAGCCCGCUUCAUCGACGUGUACCCCUACAUGCACUGGAUAAACUCCGCCUCCAACAUCGAGGACUUCGACGCCGAUUACCCCUUCAAGGUCAAAGUCAGAAGAUCCGACGCUUUAUCCCUCGAAAACAUGACAGACGUUAUAGAGAAUAACUAUUUAAAAAAAAUCCGUAAACCACUUAAUAUUACUUUUCGGGAGUUUCUUAAGCAGAAAGGAAUUGUGCCAAGACUUUGGGGUGCACAGAAACAGGAUAAUAUCACAUCAGAAAAGUUUGAUAAUUCAAGCUAUGUAAAAAUAGAGGCAUAAUUAUUGCUGUUUUUUUUUUGGUAAAUUUGAUUCUGUAUACAA